AUGUUCAGAUCGAUUUGGCAUAGCACGAAGCCAUCGCAGGUAAUUAGUCGGGCGGUAACUCGCUCUGCAGCCACGACCACGUCGCCGGUUCAGUUCUCCAUGGACCAGGCCGGUCUGGUGACUGACCUGUAUGUCCCCCCUCGAGAUCUGCCGUCGUGGUUCACCAAUCCCAAGGCUCGAUGGACUGCUUUGAAGCGCCGUGUACAACUUUUAGGCGUCAACACUUAUAUGGCAGUGAAACUCCGCCGUGAGAUUGGCCGUGAGCGUUUCCAACCGCUAGAGUGGAAGGAGACUGCCCUACUGUUGUAUCAGCGCACGAAUGAGUGCUUUGUUCAUCGUGAUCUCUCGGGACUGUCGAAGCUCACGUCUCGUUGGGUGUACGGACCCUUGGCUGCCCGGGCCCAAAAGUUCCCCAAAAACGUCCGUCUCGACUGGAAGCUUGAAAAACUGACCGCGAAGCCCAAGGUCCUAUCUAUUAUUCCUCUUUCUCUUCCCGAUACCCCCACUCGGUUUGUUCAGACGCUGUACAGAAUUGAGUCCAGGCAGGUCUUGUCCAAGCUUAAUCUUGACACCAACAAGGUCGACAAGGUCGAACGCACUGUUGUAGACAAUGUUGCUUUUAUUUUUGACACUACCAAGUCUCCUGCCGAGGGUCGCCUGAUUGGCUCUUUGUUUGAGACUCCGGUGAACUCUCCCAUGCCUGAUCCUACUCUGAGUCCUGGUUCUCGAACUGAGAUCAUCAGAUCCAUGACCAGCCGGGGCGACAUUUUCAGAGAACCACCCCAAUACCUGGCCAUCAAGACCGAACAAACUGCUUGA